AUGUCGUCGCAGCCAUGGCUGGACGAUCUGUCCGAGGACUGGGAUGACCGCCCGCCCAUUUUCUCGCCGCCGCCCAACCUCGAGACCCCGAUCAAGAUCCCCGCCAGCCGCGUCCCGCGCCUACCGAGCUCGCCUGCCCUGGCAGAGGUCCUGAACAGCGACAUCCCCGCCGCGCCCCCCUCGCCGAGCCCCAGCAGACCCCUCCCCGGCAAGCGCAAAAUCGCCCUUGCUGAGCGCACAAACAGCGACAACAACAUCCUCAACAACGUUGCCGACCCCCCCGCUCGCUCCGUCUCUGCCGAGUCAACCGGUUCCGUGGUCCAGCACAGCGCCGCCGAAAUAAAGCCACCGACCUCCCGCUCCAUCUCCGCAGAGUCGACAGGCUCCGUGGUCCAGCACAGCACCGUCGAAAUAAAACCGUCGAGCGCUGCCCCUGCACGCCAGAAGAAGCUCCAGGAUACGCCCGAGUGGAGGAGGAGGCUGUUGAACGGCAAGAUGGGAUACGGCGACCAGAAGGACCUGUUUAGUCCAAUGGGCCUGGAGAAUAUGUUCCAGCCGCCCACACUGGCCCGCUCAUCGCCAAUUUCGAAGAGGAGAGCCGGUAUCUCCGCCAUCAAAGACAGCUUCGCAAUGCCUUCAAGUCCGCCGCCGUGGCCAUCACAGCUGUCCCGAUCCCGAAGUUCGCCUGCAAGAGACAGCCUGCGUUGGAACCUGAACAACAAUUCGAUGAACCCCGAUGCUGGUUAUGGCUCCGGGUCGGAGGAGCACGUGUCCGAUGAAGACAGUGACGUUUCGUGGGAGGGUGAGCAUGACGAUGGGUCCGAGAAUGAAGAAGAUGAUGAUGUGUCGGAGACCGGUUCGGAAGUGCGCCAUCCUCCUGCCGAGAAAGAUGCUGCAGAGCACAUUCCAGAAGCCGGGCCAUUUCGUCAUCAAAAACACGACAGCCAGGAUGCAUCUCUCCCGGACAUGAAGACGCAGGAUGACACGUCCAAACUUGGUCGUGACUCCGCAUUCGGCCGUCUUCCCGCACUCAACGUUUCUUCGGCACAGAAGUCGCGGGCCUUGAGUGGCCACACGGAGCUGACUGAUGACAGCUUCGGUCCUGUCUACAUCACCAAGCACAGAACCGAAGACGGCAAUGUCCAGUACGCCGCCGUUGAUCUAUCCAAGUCAGAGCUGGAGAAGAUGCGCAAUCAGCCUGCCGAGCAGCAGCCACCACAACAGCCGAAUUUCGACGAAAGCCUGCACAGCUACGGUUCCAUGGGCUCGCAACCGAUGCCCGCCGAUCUACCAACCGGCACUCCUGAACAGGUCACUGCCGGUGAUUACGUCAAUAUGAAACGGGGAGAGUUCUCAGCCGACGGACUGUUCAAGGCGCACCCACCGAGUCCCUCGCCGCAGGAGCGAAAAAAUUCAGAUUAUGGCUCAUUUCCAAGCAACUCGAGUGGAUCGGGGAAAAGACCUCAUAGCCGGUUGCGAUAUCAGUUCAUGCCUCGUCACUCCAGCCCUCCCAUGUCACCGAGCACACCAGCCCGUCGUCCCAACUCCUCCUACCUAUAUCCGGAAAGGCCACAAUCCUCGAGCAGUCCUCUGAAACUGUUCGGCGAUCACGACACAUUCACCGCCAACAAGCUCCAGCGCCGGAUGAGCCAGUUGGAAGACACUCUUUUCCAGGAGGAGCAUGCGGCAGAAAGCAGGAGACAAAGUGGAGGCGGCGCUGUAAGGCGCAUUGAUCAUCGACUGCCUUCGGUCGAGGAAGCCAGCUUCCAGAAAUCGGGCGCUCUUCACGAUGAAAUCGAUGAACUCGGAUCGGACUCGGAGGAAGAGGGUGGACAGCUGGCAUUUGGCGAGUCCGCAAGCAGCUACUUCGGCCGCGGCGACCUUGACGAUUAUCCUUUCCCGGAAUCAUUCGGCAACUCGCAGCAAUCAUCCCAGGAGCCGGCGUAUGAAGACGAUGAUCGAUCAGGCUCUCCGCCGCCUGGAUCUGCCCCUCGAUUCCAAUUCAGUCUGAACGAUGGAAUACCGCGGCAGAGCAUCCACUCUAAGCGAAAGCUCUCCAGACAUAGCGUCAAGAGCUGGACUACGACCGUUUCGAACAGAGAUUCCAUUCAGAUACCCAAAUCGCCCAGACUCGGGCUCAGAAGAGCACUGGCUGCCCGUGGCGACCUUGAGCAAGCAGAGGGCAAGAGAGCUCCCCCUUCUCCUUUCAAGAAUCCCAGCGCGAAACGACGUCGGACCUUGCUCCCCAUGGACGUGGAAGAUCAUGAGGAUGUCCCUCAUUCUGAGGAAAGAAGCCGCGAGAGAUCGCGUCCCGGGUAUGGGAGGAGAAGCCAGGAGCCACGCCCCGACAGACAGUUACACUCUGCAAACCCCGACCUUCAUCCGAGGAGGCAAUUCCUUCGCCCACGCAACCCAACACCCAGCCAACGCAGGCGUGAACAAAUACAAGCCGAUAUUCUCGAAGCAACAGAGGCCUACCUGGAUAGUUCUCCCAAGCAGCUCCAAGUCAUCCAGGAGCACCUCGAAAGCCCAGAUACUCAUGGCCAUCCCUCGUAUGCCGAAGAUGAAAGGGCUGUCGCUACUCAGAUCGCAGCUUUCUCAGUCAAGCUGCGGCAAAGCAUGAAAGACGAAGACCGUAAGAAGUCCGUCACGACGCAGGAUUUUCUCGAUGAAGCUCGAUUCAUCAUGGACCACAUUCGGGCCAAGGGCAGGCCCAAUAGCGCACUGCAAAGUUUGGCGGAAUCUGGAGACGAAAGUCCGGCCCGUGAGGACGUCAAUUGGGAUUUUCUUGCGGUUCCCGACUCCCCCUUAACGUUUUCAAGGCCUCCGAGCCGCGAAGGCUUCAAAGGCGGCUGGCGACACCCCGGUGCUUUCACGGAGAAUCCGCGUAUCGCAAGCCAUCUUCGCAAGUUCAAGGAAGAUGACGGUGAUGACUUCAUGGCCUCAAGUGUCCGUUCACUCAACGUCAAGCACCUAGAGGAUAGGACUCAGGAAGAAAGCGACUUCUUCCAAGGCCAGUCGCCCGACAUUCGCAUAUUGACAAACCACCUCACCCAGCGUCGUCGCCAACGGGGACAGUCGAAUGCCACCCGCCCAGACUCGAGGGAGUCCAGCGGUCAUGACGAUGAUUCUGGUCAGUCACGUCCUUCGACAAUGGAGUCGUCGUUUGGUAAGACAAACCUGACUACUUUCUCUCGUCGGUCUGACAAUGUAGCCACGCUCCCUCCGGAAGCUGUCGCGCAUCUCAUCCCGCAAGAGAUCGCUGGCAUGAGCUUCGACCGCGACAAAGGCAUCUGGAUCAGGAGUCGGAAUGCUGGAGGACCAACGGCUUCGGCGAAUGUCAGCCACAUGGCUAGCGAGGAGGACCCGCUAGGGAACAUUCCUGAUUUGACUGUCGACGAAGUCCAAGAGCGGAGAAGCAUUGGUCGAAAGCCACGGCCUUUGGAUGACCUCAAGCGCCCACGUGAAGAAGACGAUGUCUUCUUUGACAAGUCUGCUGCAUCUGCCAGCCCCAGCCAGCCAGUUGAACCUUCAUCGGACACAGCCAGACCCAGGACGCGUGAUGGAGCCGAGAUUCCGCCUUCGGAUACAAACAGCGCUCCCUCCAAGUUUUCGAGUCAUUUCUCCUCAAGCGUGACUCAGGCUGAAACCCGUGCAACCUCGAUGAGCGAGAGGCAUGCGAACUAUAUCCCCAAGCACAUUCGCCGUGAGGAGACGAUCAUGGAAAUUCCGUCUCCCCAGCAUGACGAGGAUUCGGAGCACGACUUCAAGUCUUUCGACGAUGAAGCUCCGCCGAAGACCAGUGGUUACUCGUUUGAAAGACACAGAGAAGAGGCUGGUGGAAAAUUCUCCAGGAUCGAUUCUCCUGCUCCGAACUCACUAUCUCGGCUUCGUUACUUCGAUGAUGAUGAAGCCCAGGAUUUACCCACUCCUCUAAAGAAUGAUUUCAUCACGCCCAGAUCCAGGCUCAAUGGAUAUCGCCGAGCCACGAAGCAGACCGUCACUGACUUCAGCCAAUCACCUUCUCCGGCUCGUGACAAUGAGAUGUCAAUUGUGAAGCACCCUGAAUCGGAGCAAAAAAGGAUGAAGUUCCAGGUCAGCGUCUCCCGAAACGGGCGUUCUCCGGCAGUCAUUCCUCAGUCUCCCGCCAAUCCAUACAGCAGCAACCCUGUUGGUCUCGCGGAUGUGACAUUCGUGCUGAGCGAGCUUCCUCCCUUCACAAUCAGUGGCGAGGAUGAGCAUGAGCUGCCCAACCGUACUCUUGUCAAGCGCAACGGCGGCGCUACAGUCAAUGUCCUCGAGGACAGGUACGCGCAAGGCACGAUGGAGCUGAUCAAAGCGCUUCAGGACAAUGAACCGGAAGAGCCCUUCUGGGAGGACCUACGCCGUCUGGAUUUGCAGCAAAAGGAUCUACCGACUCUGAACCGUCUCGAUGAGCUCUGCUAUCGCAUUGAGGCUUUGGACGUUUCCAACAACCACAUUGCCCAGCUGGCGGGUGCGCCGACCAGCCUGCGGCGGUUGAACAUUAGCAACAACUGCCUGAACAGCUUGACUAGUUGGAGCCAUCUUACGAACCUUCAGUACCUAGACGUGUCCGGGAAUGCCAUUGACAGCCUCAAGGGCUUCUCAAUGUUGAUUCACCUGAGAGAACUGAAGGUUGAUGACAAUGAGGUUGAUAGUCUCGAGGGAGUGUUGGAGCUGGAUGGCUUACUCAAGCUGAGUGCGAAGGGCAACAAGAUCAGAAGGGUGGACUUCCAGGGAGCGUAUCUUGAGCGCCUGACCGAGCUGGACUUGUCGGACAACGAGAUUAGCAGCAUUCGCUCCCUUGACACUCUGAAGUCCCUGGAGAUUCUCAACCUGGAUGAAAACGACCUCUCUACGUUUUCGUCUGGCCGUGUCUCCAGGGUCAAACGUCUAGGCCUGAGCCGUAACCGCUUGGCAAGACUCGAUGUGUCGUCGUUCCGCAGUUUGGAGACGCUCGGUGCCGACUCAAACAACCUUUCUUCCAUCAGCGGUAUUGCCAAGCUCAGAAAUCUCCGGGCCCUCUCGGUCCGAGACCAGCACCCCGCGUCUGGCGUCUUCGACACGGCCAGCUUCCUGGCCAAUACAGACAUCUCGGAGCUGUGCCUUUCGUCCAACACCAUCCCGACGCUUUCCUUCCCCGAGGACGAAGCCGGCAACACGGUGCCCCUCCUCAACCUCCAGCGUCUAGAGCUCGCGUCAUGCGGGCUGCACACGCUGCCGGACAAGUUCGGCGCGGCGGCCCCCAACAUCCGCAGCCUCAACCUCAACUUCAACGCGCUCAAGGAGCUCCGGCCACUGCUCAACAGCAAAAAGCUCGCGCGGCUCGACCUCGCGGGCAACCGCCUCAGCCGGCUCCGGCGCAACGUGCUCGUCCUCGGCAAAGUGCCGUCGCUGCGCCGCGUCGACCUGCGCAACAACGCCUUCAACGUCGGCUUCUACCCGCCGCCCAGCGCCGACCGCCGCGUCUCCCGCGCCGGCCUCGACCCGGACGACGCCGACGCCGACAACGACGCCGACAGCAGCGCCUCCGUCGUCGAGAACUCGCUGCUCGAGCAGGAGGCGGACCAGCAGCGGCUGCCGCAGCACCUCGUCCUGCCCUCGGCCGACGAGGACCGCGACCGCGCGUACCUGUCGCGCCUGGACGCCGACACGGAGCUGCGGCGGCGCGUGUACGAGAUGCUCGUGGCGAGCGCGUGCGGAGCGGUCCGGUCGCUGGACGGGCUGCCGUUCAGGCGCGAGGAGUGCAUGCGGAGGGAUGGGGUUUGGGAGCGGUUGGUGGGGUUGGGGGUCGUGCGGAAGAAGGGGAAGGGCGUCGGGGUCGGGGUGGGGGCGUUGGAAGGAGGAGGCGCGCGGGAGGGCUUGGUGCUCGAGGAGAGGGAGAGGGAGCGGCCGAGGGGAAAGAGUGCGGCGAAGGUGAAGGGGGGGUUUAGUGUCGGUGUGAGGGAGGUGGGGAGGAUGUGA